CAUCCCAUCCCGCAGGCCCUGGCGCUGUGCUGCGGCUUGCUGACCUGCUGCUGCUGUUUCUGCUGCUGCUUCUUCUGCUGUGGGAGGUGCUGCCCGCCCCGCGAGGACGAGUCCUAUAAGUACGUCGACCCCAAGGACCUGGAGGCGGACGAUGGUGGCGACCCACAGAACCCGGUGGAAGCGCAGCCCCCCCAAGCAGCGCCCAGCCCCUGCCCGCUGCCGGAGCCAGGAGCGAGGCACUAGGGCCGCCUGUGUGCCGGGGGAGGGAGAGGGGGGAGAGAGCCUCCUCCUGGACCACCGCCGCUCCCCAGGACCCCGUCAGGGGGGUGUGGGGGGGCACAAUCUCAGGUGAAAACGUCCUGCAGCGCUGUGACCGAGACCGGUAGCACUGUAAC